CUACGUGACAGGCCCAUUGGGCGGAGCCAAAAUCAACAUCAACAAAAGGAAAGGAAAGAGAAGCUCAGAAAAACAGAAGACUCGGAUAUACAGACGCAAUAUGUCCUUUUAACAUUUCUGGUGUUUUGGAGAAGCAAAACCCAGAAAUUUUGAAAACAUGGAUGCCUUUAAACUGAUGAAGGAGCUGAGGGCGAAUUUGGAGCAGGAGGUUUAUUAUCUGCCCAAGGAAACUGGACUUAGUUUGAUCGAAUCCACCCAAGAGAACGGUAAUGGAGUUUCAGCCAAAUGUCGAGAUGCGCGAGUGGAGGAUCUCUGGAGCUUGACCAGUUUCUUCGGUUACAGCACUCAGACCUUCGUACUGGCCGUAAACCUGCUGGAUAGGUUUCUAGCCAUGAUGAAGGUCCAGCCAAAGUAUCUGGCAUGUAUCAGUAUAAGCUGCCUCCACAUCGCCGCCCGGGUGACCGAGGAAGAGUGCAACGGUUCCUCCAGCCACGAGCUCAUUCGCAUCAGCCAGUGCAAAUUUACCGUCUCGGACCUCAGCCGCAUGGAAAAGAUAAUUUCGGAGAAACUGAACUUCCAGUUUAAAGCCGUCACAGCCUUAACCUUCCUGCAUUUGUACCACGCUAUCAUACUUUCACAUACCUCCAGCAGGAAAAACGUCCUGAAUCUCGACAAACUAGAAGCCGAGUUGAAAGCCUGCCUGUGCAGAAUCAUUUUCUCCAAAGCAAAACCUUCGGUGCUUGCCUUAUCUCUUUUGAUGCAAGAGAUCGAUGCCUUAAAGUCAUCAGACCUGCUAGAGAUCGCCCACAGCAUACAGAGACAUCUGAAGAUCUCUAAAGCUGACCUGGCGUACUGGCGAGGUCUGGUAGACCAGUGCAUGAGGGAGUAUUCCUCUCCUGAAUGUUCCAAACCUGACCACAGGAAACUGGUCUGGAUCGUGUCGCGGAGAACGGCACAGAAUUUGCACAGCAGCUACUGCAGCAUUCCCGAGCUGCCCACCAUCCCGGAGGGGGUCUGGGACGAGAGCGAGAGUGAGGAUUCGAGUGAGGACUUGAGUUCUGGGGAAGAGAGUCUGAGCAGCUCCCUAGGAAGUGACGCAGAAGGGACCUACUUCCCUUCUAACUUCCUGUCCCAGCGCCGCAGGCUGUAAUACAUUCUAAACCACUUGCCGAGGAGCACAGCCAACAGUGAGCGUGAUGGAGUGAACUCUGGAAGCUACAGAUGAGCGUGGCUUCUGUGUUAUCUUCCAUGACGCCAGUCUUCUCUUGGCUGAAAACCUAGCGUUGAACAGCAAGGUGCCAUUGUGCCUGGGUUCAGUGAAACCACAGAGUCCAAAGUUGUAUUCAGAACUUCUCGGGCUUAACCAAAGCCUGUCCGCAUACUGUAAACAUCUCUUUUAAUUACUCGUGUUAAGCUAAAGUGAGGACAGUGGCAGCUACAUUUUUAGACAAAAAGGAAAAAAAAAGACAUACGUGUAGCCGUAGUGUUAGUAGUAGCUGGUGCAUGUCCGGAUUUGUCAACAUUCCAGGCAGCUCAAUUGAACUUAUCCAAGGUACAGUAGACUGUUAUUUAAUAACCUAGGACUUGUACUUUGGUGCUUUACACAGUUUUGCAAAAUGAUUGUUAAUGUGUGACCGAGUAAGCCGUACGCUUGAAGAACUGCUGCUUUCUGAGGCGGUGUGCACGGUGUUCGCAAAUAAGCGUGUUUGUUUAUUUUUGUGCGUAUGUGAGUGCGAUGUCGUUAAUCUACUUGCCAAUUUAGUACAAGUGUCACAUUAGCCGAUGUGUGCGUGUAUGAACAAUUACUGUACGUUGAAAAUGUGCGUUGCACAAAAAAGCCUAAAAAACCUUAAAAUGUAAAAAGGUCUAUAUAAAAAUGUACAUUUGUAUAAUGUAAAAAUGCAUAUACACGUUAUGUAUAGCAUCUUGUAGAUAUUAACUUAUUAUUAUUUUUGUCAUGGUAAUAUGAAAAAAAGAUGUUCAAGAAUAAAAAAGCUAUUUUGAAAUUCACGUCUC